AUGGGGGACGGGGUGAGGGGCGGUGGCAGCAGCAGCGGGGGAGGCGGCGGUCCCAACAGGCCGGCGUGGUUGCAGCAGUAUGAGCUGAUUGGGAAAAUCGGGGAGGGGACGUAUGGACUGGUCUUCUUGGCCAAGAGUAAGCAGGCGGCCAACCGAGGUAAGUGCAUCGCCAUCAAGAAAUUUAAGCAAUCCAAGGAAGGUGACGGCGUUUCUCCCACGGCCAUCCGUGAGAUCAUGGUUUGUACUCAUUCCUCAACUCCCUUAUUCGGUGGUUCCCUUUUCUUUAAGUUUCUCUUCUUGAAUCCCGGAGAGAGAAGAUUACCUUAGACACGCUACACUUGAGAAUUACUGCUCACUCCAUGGGUUGAGCGCACUUUUGGCACUUGUCCGGGAAAGAGUAUUCCAUUAGUGAGCUAUCAUGCAACCUGGGCUAUCUCUAAUGUUUGUCAACUCCCUCAUUCGGUGGUUCCAUUUUCUUUAAGUUUCUCUUCUUGAAUCCCGGUGAGAGAAGAUCACUUUGGACACGGUAUACUCGAGAAUCACUGUUCGCUCCAUGUUUUGAACGCAACUUUCGGCACUUAUGGAAAAUAGUAUUCCAUUAGUGGGCUAUCAUGCAACCUUGGCUAUCUCUAGUGUUUUUCAACUCCUUCAUUCGGUGGUUCCCUUUUCUUGAAGUUAGUCUUCUUGAAUCUCGGGGAGAAAAUAUUACCUUGGACACGGUACACUCAUGAAUUACUUGGCGCUCCAUCUUGUGAAUGCACUUUUGGCACUUCUGGGAAAGAGUCUUCCAUUCGUGAGCUAUCAUGCAACCUCGGCUAUCUCUAAUGUUUUUUUGAUAAACUGGCUUUAUACUGUUAUCUGACUAGAGUGAGAAACUACACUGUGUAAACCUUGACAUCAAGUUUUUUAAGGGAAUUGACAUGAAAGUUUGAGAGAAGAAAAGGAAAAGGAGAGGGAAGAGGGGAGAUUUGAUCUCUCUCUCUCUCUCUCUCUCUCUCUCUCUUCUCUUUACCCUUGCAAAAUUUUGCAUUGAAGCCUUUUAUAUCUGACUCCCCAGCAAGGGCAAUAGUUAUAUAAACAACGAUAAAAGAUUCCGGCUCAUCAGAUUGUCUUGACCCAAUCAUGGUUAGGAUUUUUUGUUUUUGGCGUAUUAAAUGUGAGAUUUCUCAUUGGUGAUCAGUUGGGUACAUGAACAUAUUUGUCCAUUGGAUGUGGAGUUUUAGAUAAUAAAUGCCGGAGUAACUCCAUAAAUAUUCGAGUACAUGCCCCUGAAAGUGGACCAAAAAGUGUCGUGGCUUGCAUAGAAUGUAACAGCUAAUGGAGAUGAAGAUGGGUAAUGUAUGGGGUACUUGCAGAAGUCAGAAAGUAAUGUACUCUUUCAGUUUAGAUAGAUGAGUGUUUAACAUAUUUUUCAUCUCCUUGGUUCAGAUUAAUGAGCUGUUCUACAGAGGGUUCUUUUCUGAAUGCACCUGUGCAUCGAUUUUUAUUUUCUUUUAAAAAAGAUAGUUAUCUACUGUCUAUAAUUUAAUCAUCCUUAUCUACUGUCUAUAAUUUAAUCAUCCCUUUAAACACAUACCCUGCCUGGCAUCCUAAUUGCUGCCAAUUUCACUGAGGAAAAUUUCUGAAACCUUUGGUUCUAAGCUUGGGUUGAGUUUGCUUUCAACUACCAGUCACUUGGUCCUGUUUUUUCUCUCUUUUAUUCUAGUCUUGUUCUAAAUACGAACUUUUCUCGUGCUGCAUUGUGAAAUAUAUGCCAUAUAAGAUUCAAUUUUUCACACAGGAUUUUAAAUAUAUCACGAAAAAAAGAUGGAAUUUGAAAUAAUCACGCGAGUGGAUAAAAUAUAUUUUUUGUAUAGAUAGUAUAUUAUCAGGGUUUGGUUUGAAAUGUGAAUGAUCAGUGUUUUGUGUUUCCUGGAAGAUUAUUUUUUUCAGUUCAGUUCAGUUCUCUAGAUUUAUAUUUCUAACCUUUCACAAUAUUCCAGUCUCUAGAUUUUUAUCAGUUCUCUAGAACUUUUUUUUGACUGUUGUCUUAUCAUUUACAUAUUCUAUGUAAUAUUGAUGGAGGGUGCAACCUAUCAGAUGAUUUUGUCAACAUUUAUAUUUUCCUGAGUAAUAUGUCUAACCUUCUUUGUGAUGUUUUUUUGUGGUGCAGUUGCUUCGUGAAAUUUCACAUGAAAAUGUCGUCAAGCUAGUGAAUGUGCAUAUUAACCACGUUGACAUGUCACUAUAUCUUGCAUUUGACUAUGCUGAGCAUGACCUUUAUGUACGCCAGACUAUUUCCCCUCCUCAAAGGCUUUAAUUUACCUUAAAUACGCUGUAUCCAAUGGUUUUUAACUUUGUUUGUUUGUCCAUGAUGCUUAAUUUCUGUCAUUAAUAGAUCCAACAUGCCUUUUCCUCAAAUAAUUAUUAAGCAAAAUUUGUUACAGCAACUCUUAUUUAUCAGGAACGUAUUCCUCCCCCAAGAAGGGUAGUUGAGAUUGUUGUAGGGUUAUAGUGUUGGAAAUCAGCUAGUUUGUAGAUGGUCAACAUAGUUUGAUGCAAGAAAAGGUCUAAGCUUUUCUUAUACAAAUGAAUAUAACAGAUACGUAGUUUGAGGUGUCUAUUCUUCUUGUUAGUUUCUGUGUUUUUAUUCCUUGAGCUACUUUUAUUAUCGAAAGUCUGUGGUUUCCUCGAAUGGACAUCACCCAGAACAGAGCAUGAAUUUCCCUUACUCUAUUUUCUGCGUUGGGCUUUAAUUCUGAUCUUUUUAUUCUCCAUGAGUUUUGUGCGCCACAGAUGCUUCCAUUAUGUCCGAGUCAUAUGAUUUGAUUCACAGUAAUCAAUAAAUUCCUUUCAGCUCUUUUUGUCAUGUCUUAUCAUGAAUAGAAAUUUCCUCUUGAAUGCCUGCAUUCUUGUCGUAAUUAUAAUUUGGGAAUUGCCAGCCAGAACUUUAGUUCUCAUUAGCCUGGGCUGUUUCUUAAACACGAGUUUUUCAGCGCAUAAUCUUUAGAUGUUGGGGAAUCAUCUGCGUUUUUUGUGCUCUCUUGUUUGUUAACCUCUCCAUAAAUUUCUGUCACUUGCUGAAACAGGAAAUUAUCAGACACCAUAGAGAAAAGGUUAACCAUCAAAUUAACCAGUACACAGUUAAGUCACUUCUAUGGCAACUACUAAAUGGACUCAACUACCUUCACAGGUGUGAUUUAUAUUUUUCUGUGCCAACUUGAAUGACUGUUUUUUUUGUGCUCUUAAUAUGGAUAGUUAUUGAGUUGAUAUAUUUUGGUUUUGCACAAGUAUUUUAUGAUUCUACUGACCACCUCCUCUAUGCCUUGCUUUUUUCUAUUUCAACAGCAAUUGGAUCAUACAUCGAGACCUCAAACCAUCUAAUAUACUGGUAUAGUCCAUUGAUUAGCAAUUAAAAUGUUAUUUAUGCUCGUUCAAACAUCAAUCAUUAGAACCGUUUCAUGAGCUUUGUGACGACUCAGGUUAUGGGCGAAGGAGAUGAACAUGGAAUUGUUAAAAUUGCCGAUUUUGGACUUGCCAGAAUAUAUCAUGCUCCAUUGAAACCCUUAUCAGAAAAUGGGGUAAGAGAAAUUAUGUUUUAUGUUUGUUAAUUCUCCUUGACUACUGAAAUCAGAUUGUCUAUCAUUUCCUUGUCAAGGGAUCAGUUGAUAUUUUUUAGUUAUUUUUUCGGAUCUAUUAAUUCCAUUGCGAAUUAAAUACUCUCACUUUUGAUCUUUAGCAUACACCGUAGGAAGUGUAAGAGUUCAUUUCUAGUUUCGAUGGACAAUAGAACUCUCGUGUUCAUUUUUCCUCUCUUAGACAGUGCAUUUUCCUAUAUCGAUUCAAGAUUUUUUGGGGAGUGGUUAGUUUCUUGUAUGAUUGAUGAUUGAUUGAAUGUGAAAUAUUAAUAGGAAUGCCAUAUAGAUCUGUAUUUAUUUCCCCACCAUGAUCUUAUUUGACAAUGACCUGUUUUCAAUGGCCUAACAAGUACUUCUGUGAGCGUUUUUGAAACUAAGAACCAGUGUAUUCUUCAAUAUCUGCCUUAUUCAUGAACUGUUCAUUGACGUCUGUUAUUUUGACCCUUGUAAAUAAUCAAUUCAUCCAUUCCCCAUUACUUUUUGGGGAUUUCUUAAUGUGCAAUGAUGUGUGGUGCUUACUCUGACAGGUAGUUGUGACCAUUUGGUAUCGUGCUCCUGAGCUGCUUCUUGGGGCAAAACACUACACAAGUGCUGUUGGUAUCCUGGUGCUAAAGACAAGAAUGUUUGAUCUUUUGUGGAUCAAUCACGCAUAUGGCCCAUUAUUCAAAUUGAAUACUUUUCUAUAUUUCAAUGCAAAAUUUCUUCCUUAAAAUGUAAUUAGAUAUCUGGGCGGUUGGGUGCAUUUUUGCUGAGUUGCUGACGUUAAAGCCUCUAUUUCAAGGGGUGGAAGUCAAAGCUGCUCAAAAUCCAUUUCAGGUUAGUUUCUUUUUAAUGCUGAGUUUGCAGCUUUUGUUCGCCGUCAUGUGGGUAUACUCAUUGAACGUGCCAUCUGUGACAACUUUUAAACUUUUCUGUGUUUUCCAACGUGCAACCUUUUCCAGCUGGAUCAACUUGACAAAAUAUUUAAGGUCUUAGGUAUGAAAUUAUCUCGUUGAUUUUUUGUUUGUUUAGUUUGCUAUGUAAAUACUCAUGUUACCCGUUUUUGUACCAGGGCACCCCACACCAGAGAGGUGGCCAACUUUAGUAAAUCUUCCGUACUGGCAAAAUGAUCAACAGCAUAUCCAGGGACACAAAUAGUACGUUUCGUUAUUUUUCUUUUAGUUUUGAUCUGAUUGAGUUCGAUUUUAAUUUGUAAGUUUCUUCUUUCAAAGUGCAGUGAUAAUCCUGGCCUACAUACCUAUGUUCAUCUGCCACCAAAGAGCCCCGCCUAUGAUUUACUUUCCAAGAUGCUUGAGUACGCCUUCUUAUGAACUUUUGCAAAUCUUGUUCCUUUUAUCAUUUGUGGGCGUAGAUUAAAAAGAGUUGUUAUUUUUCAGCUGCUUUCUCUCUCGUCAUUUCAGUAUCUUAACAUUUUUUGCUAUCACAUAUAAAUUUAAUAUUUUCUCCUUUGUUGACAUGUUUCAAAAAUUUAGACGUGAACUGCCUUUAACACCACACUAUUUAUUUCUCUGCAGAUAUGAUCCUCGUAAGCGUAUAACUGCAUCCCAAGCGCUGGAGCAUGAGUAAUGCUUCUGUUUUCUUCUUAUGACAUUACCUAUAUUUCUCUUGUUAAACUUUCUGGCUGCAAUUGUUUUUGGAUAGGAUCUUCUGAAGCCUUGCUAUGUUUUUAUGUGGUAAUUGCAAUUAAUUUCAAAAUAUCCAUGCAUGCUCGGAUAAUUACCACGAAGUUUGAUGUCAACAAAAACAGUGUAUUAAAACUAUGCACAUUACUGGAACUAGAUCCAGUUUCCGACUGGGAGGGCAGAAUGAGGACACUUUGCUUGGGUCUAUAUUUUCACUUGGGUUUGUCUUUCUGAAUAAAGGCACUUUCGUGUUUGACAUGGUUGGUUAUGUCAUUUUAUUCUGCUCUUCAGGUAUUUUCGAAUUGAUCCGCAACCAGGGCGCAAGUAAGUUAAUCUCUUCUACUUUAUUUCCUUAUAUCUGGUUUAUAGUCCAUCAAUCACCUUGGGUAUUGAACAGUUUAUUUAUGAGUAGAAUCUCAGGGUAUAUAAAGCAUAUAUUCCUCCACAUUCUAUUAAUGUGAUCAGAUAAAAUGUGUCAUCAAUGCUCAGUGCACUGGUACCUACCCAACCAGGAGAAAAAGUGGUGAACUACCCGGCAAGACCAGUGGACACCACUACAGAUUUUGAAGGAACAGCAAGUGUCCAGUCUUCUCAACCGGUAUGGCACAAAUUUUGGAUACUCUUCGGAGAAUGCUAUUCUUUCCUUGAAAAAAGUACUAAUAGGAACGUAAAUAAUGGUGUAGAUAUCUAGUUGCGGCUUUGGUUUCUCGUUUCUGGAGAUGAGUGUAUGUUGGUGCAAGAAGAUAUAUGAUCAGAAUAAAGUGCAGUUUUGCUUGUAAUACUUAUAAUGCCUGUGUUUGGCAUCAAAAUAUAGCUAAUUUUAUAUGUCUUUGGUAACUUUCUUCUUGAAAAGCACCAACAAAGAGAUGAGCAGAACAAUUGUAGAGAACCAAGAGGAAGGGGCAGAAUGAGAAUAGAGGGCAAGGGACGAGUGGAAUGAGGGAGAAUGUGAAAUAAAACUGAAUUGACUCUUUCUCAUGGCAGUCCUCUUAGGUUAAAGGGCCCCCCAAGUUACAACAGUUGGAAAAAGACUGGCUUACAACGUUUAGCUAGCUAACAAGUUUAUCAAUGUAGUAGUCGUUCUUCUAGCAUUCUCCACAUGUCACUAGAUGUUCGCUCAUGUAGUAUUUUAUUUGUUGGACUUUGGGGCUGACUAUAUUCAAAAUCCAUGAAAUUUAUUAUGAAGAAAGAUUUUGCACUAGAAAGAUUUUGCUCUAGAAUUCUUAUAAGCAUUGAUAAUGCUCCUUGCCCUAAAAACAGGAAAAACUGAUGAAGAAAUGAGCAGGAGAAGGGCCAACCCAUCUCUAAGAAUUGCUUAUGAGCCUCAAGUCCCUUAAAUAUCUAAGAAUGGACUUACCAUAUUUCUAGGCCCUUGAUUGUUCCUCCCUAGGACACUCGUCUUGAAUAAUUUUAUUAAUGAACAUCGCUUAUGCCUCAGAACGACUGCUACACUCCAUUCAUGAAAAAAAUCCUGUUGUUCACUGGAAUUUCACACUUUCAGGCGUCAUCUGGAAAUGCUGUGGGAAGCAUAGGGGUUGGGCCUGUUGGUAAUCCCAGAGGGGUCCCUCGUCCGAUGCCCAUGGUGGGCAUGCAGAGGAUGCCAGCUUCAGGCAUGACGGCCUACGGCAUUCCUUCACAAGCUGACAUGAGUGGUCUGAAUCCAGGCGGAAUUCCAAUACAACGAGCUGCCGCUGCCCAGGCUGCUCAUCAACAGGUAUCUAACGUCAGCGAAUCUGCAACUGACUGAUAUUUAGAUACCCAUUUCUCUCAUCACCUAACUUGCAUCUUAUUCCACAGCAGUUGAGAAGAAAAGACCCUGGAAUGGGAAUGCAGAAUCAAGGAUACCCUCCCCAGCAGAAAUCAAGGCGCUUUUGA